CCCCAGAGCAGCCACCUACCCUGCCCCGCGCACUCCCGUCUGGGCCUCCCACUGUGUCCGCAGGGUGCUGGGAUCCAGGUGCUCUGUGUGGACCUGGCUGAUUGGGAGGCCACCGAGGCAGCGCUGAGCAAGGUGGGCGACGUCGACCUGCUGGUGAACAACGCGGCGGUGGCCAUGCUGCAGCCCUUCCUAGAGGUGACCAAGGAGGCCUUCGACAGGUCUUUCAGUGUGAACCUUCGGGCCGUGCUCCAUGUUUCCCAGAUCAUUUCCCGGCAGAUGAUUGCACGGGGGGUGGCAGGAGCAAUCGUCAAUGUUUCGAGCCAGGCGUCUCAGCGGGCUCUGCAGGAGCAUGCAGUCUACUGCUGUACAAAAAGUGCCCUGGAUAUGCUGACCAAGGCGAUGGCUCUGGAGCUGGGACCGCACAAGAUCCGGGUGAACAGCGUGAACCCCACGGUGGUUAUGACUGACAUGGGGCGGAUUAACUGGAGCGAGCCUCAGAAAGCGGCAGGCAUGAUCCGGCGAAUUCCUCUGGGGAAGUUUGCAGGUCAGUGGCAGGGGUUUGCUAAGGAGCCGUUCCACAUUCAGCUCCUCUGCGCUGUGGUGCGUCCUCCUCCCAGGCUGCUCAGCCGUGGCUGCCUGCCCCUGUGAGCCCACCAGCCCGGGGAGCAGCACUGGCACCACCCUGCUCCGUCCGGCCGUGCCCAGGUUUGCACUUGCAGCCAGCAAGAUCCAGUCAGGGCUCUUCAUCCCGCCUCCCUAGUAGGAGUCUGGGCGGGGGGCAAUACCCCCCCACCAGGCAGGCGCACAGGAGAGUAACCCCACCCUGUGCUGUGCCCGCCAGCCAGCCACCCCGCGAACACAGCCCAGGGACUAGCCGAAGGAGGGGGAACCCCCCCAACACUAGAUCUCCGUAGUGGCCAAGAGGAUGCCCCACGAGGCAGAGGGAGGCAGCUCCCUGAAGCAGCAGGUUUCUGUUCCUGCUGCUAGUGCAGUUGAGGGUCUUUCUGUGCCCCU